AUGGCUGGUGUCACAGAGGCUUCAGCUCCACAGAGUGUAUGGCUGGAACAGCUUGCGGAAUUCGACAUGGACUGGGACAGCAUAUCGCUUCCAAGUACUCCCAAAUGCCCAAAACUUGAUACAGCUGCAUUAUCUCCUUCAACCGAAGAUGUUGCAUCACUACCGCAUGGCUUCGCAAAUGCUGCCUCCCAUCCGGCCUUGUUGUCUCCAACAGACGACGACUUUUUCUGUGACACACCAGAUUUCGAGACCUUCCUUCGUGAAACAGAAGGCAUCGACUUCUCUAGCACAACAUUGGCAUCAACAUCAAGUUUUGCCUCAACACCAGCCGCCUUGAACGUUCGUCCCGGAUCGUCUUCAUCCGAUACGUCCGUUGUCCAGACUUCUAAGCGAAUCAUCCGUGGCACUUUUCCUCCAGCCUUGACCUCCAAUUCGCCGAUCCCGGGUCUUACCUCUUCAAUCUGCCUCCGUACGCUUUUCUGUCUUGGAGAAGCCCUCAACGUAGGUUGUCAAGCUGCUCGCAAUGAUGAAGACGUGCUUCUUGAGUUCUAUUGUCGUGUCAUUUCCUCUUACCGCGAGGAUAACACACAACACUUCGUACUUGCCGAUCUGACCCACGAUAACCCGCCUUUCAUCAAGGCCACUUUCGCGUCUUAG